GAGUGAAGGGUUUGCACCGCAGACUAGAUCGCACCUACGUUGUGUUUACAUUUUUAUCUACCGGUAUGCCAGUACGUAGGGUUGAUCAUUGCCCUCGUAUACUGCAGGCGUAGGCGCAGCUGAGCGAGCUCGCAGCCUAGACGUUGGUACAGUACAGUGAAUGGAUAUCUCGGGAAUCCACGGAAAGAUACACAGUCAGUAUACGCCGCAUGGGGUGUAAUAUGUAACAUCUACCUGAGAAGCAUACAACAGAUUAUGUUUUUACAAAUUAGUCUCAAGCUCUGCGAGUGAAUCCUCGACCAUUAUCUUUCACGAUUUGUUUGUAUUUUGGUCACGUUUGGAGUAUUUCAAAACUGGAGGCUGGACGCUGUGUAAAGCUCCAGACCGGACAUCUUGCUUCCGCCAGCCAGAGGGCCAGCGACAACCUACCGCUACAUCGUCCAUACCCGUAGAAUCUGACCCGCAGCUGGAAGUUAUCCAUAAUCUAAAGAUGUCAAAGGUGAUGAUAUGUUAGGAUUGCUAGACCCUUCACCACCAUCUAUAAGCAGACUGAUGGAAUUUCCGCCAUGUAGCAUAUCGAGAAAAGCGACCCUGAAGCUUUUUCGUUUAGGAGCUGUUCACGGAUGCAUUUGAUUUUUCAGAAGGAACCUGUCAGAUCAAUCCGGAGCCGGUUCGACAAGUGGAUGCCCAUCCUAUGAUCAAGAUGUGAUCGCCAUGGAAACUAGAGGUUAUUCAUCUUAUACAAAGUGACAUGUCUGGUUCAUAACUCAAUGAGAUAAGCUUCGACAGUGGCUAGAGGGAGAAAUCCAAGUCGUAGAGAUUGAUUAAAUAUCGGAAUUCAAUAUGGCUUCCAUUAGUAAAUUGGCUCUGUGGUGUGCUUUGAUUUUAAUGUUUACUUUCACCAUUCUGGUUUACAUCUCUCCAUCACGACCAUCCAUCCAAUCAUCAGUACUUGCUAGAAUAACAGAUCGGAUACACCCUGAAGGAGUCUUUUCAUCCCAGACAACAAACAAAGGACGAGAACAUGAGAAUGAAUCAUUAGCUGUACAUGUGGACAUUGGAUCAUCAAGGGAAGAAGCAAGCUGGAACUCCAGCAGUUUUCUGAAAAGUUCUUACUCAAACGAUGUGGCUUUCAUGAAUGCACAGAGAGAGAUUCAGAAACGUCGUCAGUUUAAUGUGAAGCGAGUUUGUAAGAAAUACCACCCAAAUCCUGAGGCAGACAUGGCAAAACAUCCGCCUUGGAAUAUCCUUGUUGAUGACAAAUAUAAGCUAAUGUACUGCUAUGUUCAGAAGGUUGCUUGUACUAAUUGGAAGAAAGUGUUCUUAGUAUUGAGUGGUCAGUACAACUCAACAGAAAGCAUUCCACAGUUUUUCACCAAUCGUCAGGGGGCUAAGAGUCUCAAAUCUUUACAGUCCUACCCUGAAGAAGAACGAAGACACAUCCUUAAGACUUACACAAAAUUCAUGUUCGCCAGACACCCAUUUUCCCGUGUUCUGUCGGCGUACCGGAACAAACUCGCACCAGAUAGUACCUUCACUCGGGCAGGAAAGUGGCAAAAGAAAAUUGGCACCAAGAUUAUUAGCAUAUUUCGUGAGGAUGCCGAGAAGGCUCGCGCUUCAAGGGAGAAUUUUAACUCAAGUGAAUACGACCUUUCGUUUGGUGAAUUUGUCAAGUUUAUCUACACCCCACGAGGACAAAAGAAUGGCAAUAAGCAUUGGAGGGAUUUACAUAUAAGUUGCCUUCCGUGCAUGAUAAAUUAUGAUGUUAUAGGUAAGAUCGAAACACUUGAGGACGAUGCACGGUAUAUCUUGAAAAUAAGUGGGGCAGAUAAAGUCGUAAAAUUUCCAUCAGCGGAAGGUAGUUCACCAACCAACAGUUCUGAUCCUUACCUUAUACAAAAGUACUUCACAACUCUACCACAUGAUGACAUCACAAAUCUAUAUAAUCGCUACUUGAUUGAUUUUCUUAUGUUUGAUUACCAUGCCACUGUGGAUGAUGUGCUUGAUGUACGGUAGCAACAGAUUGAUCAGAGCUUCUUUUUUAUAUAAACAACAUUUACCUACUAACUAACAUUGAUAAUGCACUGGGUUGUACUUCAAGAUUUCAUUAUGUGCCAUUUACUGUGUCAAACACACAACUUUUUAUGAACAAGUUCGUUAUAGCAACUCUUGUCAGAAUCACUUUUGAUAUUUAAAAUGUGUAUUUUUAAUUUUUGAUAUGUGUACCACACCACUGCAAAAUUUACAUUAAAUUCACCAUUUUAAGAUCCUGGUUGAUUUAUUUCUUGAUGAAAGGUGAUAGGACAUAUCAUUUCAAUUUGUUGUGGCAUAUUUUUGAUACUUGCCUAGGUCCAGUGUUGUACAUCACUGCAGAUUUCUCCUUAUGAAAUAAUAAUUGGACAAUGGGAAAUAGUAACUUUAGGACGUUCCACAAUUAUGUGUGUGCGCAUCAUGAUCUGUGCAUAUUUUACGCUAUGCGCAGUGAUGUCACAAUGGAUGAAUAGGUGAUCAGCUGUAGAUAUCAGCUGAUUUUUCACAUGAUCUGCAUUCUAAUUACAGAUAUGUUAUUUUAUAAAGCUUAUUAGCUGACAAUAAUCAAUGGACCUAUGUUUUUUUAAUACUACUUCAAUUUCCAAAUAAUAGUACUUUACUCUGAAGUGCUGCAAAGUAUUACAAAUAUGAUUAUAUGAUUAAUGAUUAAAUGGUAGAGUGGUUUGGAAUUUUUUCUCUCAUAGAUGCAGAAUCUUUGGUGCAUUUUAGCAUUUCAAAUAGGACCCAUGCUCCAACAAAAGUGCUGAUAGUUAGAAAUCAAGUGCAUGAACGCCUACUUUUUAAUGUUUACACCUCUUGGGUAAACUUUCCUUUACAACUUUGCAAAGUUUGGUGAAAAUGACACGGAUUUUGAAUAAAGUGCAGCAUUUAUUGUACUUCUCAAGUUUGUUAUUGAAAUUUCACAUAAUUUAGAUUUGGUUUUUGUUAUCUCUCACACCAUUUUAGAGAAAAGGAGGUGCUGCUACCCAUUUCUAAAAGCAAUGUGAAUGAAUUUUCUAUCUCCAGUAUACAACAAUUCUGAACUAUAUUGUAAAAUUUGAUGAAAUUAACAUUGAUUUUGACUUAGUAAUAGAGGAGUAACCUCAACCUAAUGAUCUUGUGGGGUCUAAUAAUGCCAAAUUCUUUUGAAUGCGCAAUUCUCAAGAACCUCCAAUUGGGUGAACUUCAAAGCUCAAUAGUAAAAAAAUCAAGCAUAGGAGCCCAUGUUAUUUUUUUUGUGUGUAUUUGAAAUAUUCAGGUGCUGAAGUAUCUCUGUGAAAAAUUUGGUGAAAAUAACAUGGAUUUCAUUUGAACUGUGGAACGUCCUUAACACAAAGUGAAUGUUUGAUUGUUGCAUGCUAUGCAUGUACUAUUUUUAUCCCUUAUAGGGCUUUGCGACCUUAGAAGUACUUGUAAGGGGAUAGAAACAGGCCUCGUGUGAUAAAUGGUUUCUAAUGGAUAUAGCUCAGGUAUUGAUAUAGAUUAUGUAAAUUAAUCAAUAUUUAAGUGUUUCUUAUUAUGUACCUAUUCUUACAAAACUCAUUUAGUGAGUUGGAAAGAUGCUUUCCUCUUUGAAGUCGAUCCAUCAGCUAUACAUGAGAUGAUGAAAUGCUGAUGGCAACAGUAUUAAAUGAAAUCAGUACCCCUUAAUUUCAAAUAAUUAUUACCCUCCCCCACAUAUAUUUACACUUGCAUGACAGUGAGUUGCCAUUCUUGCCACAGUGAAGUUAUAAAUGCAGGGAAAAUCAGCAACUUUCCCUUUUUAAAUAAUUGUAUAUUAUAUUACCUAUUGGUAUCACCUGAUAUAGAUUAGGUGGCGGGAGUAUUUGAACACCCAUUUACUGACCUAUGUUUGAAAAUGUGAUUGACCUGUAGACUGAUUGGCCCAUAUUCUGAACUUGGUUUUUAAUCAAAAUCUAGUUUAAAGUUGUGUUGUAACUAUGGAUAGCCAGUUGUGACAUAAUUCCCUAAUGGUAGAGGUUUUAAUGUAUCAGCUAAUUUGACUCUCGGAUCAUUCUUAACUGACUGGGAAGGAUAAUUAAGAUAGUUGUCUUAAAUAAUUGAAUAAUUAGGAAAUAGCGCAGUAAGCAUGAGAAGCAUUUAAUGUAAAAAAAUAUUGAGGUGUUUGGCAUUCCAUAAGUUUCGCAUACAGUUAGACCACGGUCUAAGUUAAACCAGACUUCAGAAUACGGGCACGUGUAUUUAAGAUGUUGUUUCAUGGUUUUUUUUUUUGCCCAAAUAACAGUAAAAUAAUUUUAUUUGAUAAUUUGUAAAAGGACAAUAAUCACCCAGCCACGAGAUGAUUACUACCUCUUAUGUUGUUUACUGUACUUUAAAUAUUUAUGAUAAAAUAUGCUUUCACUGAAUGGAAAAAAUACAUACUUGUGUCUGUAUGGGCAUAUAAAGAUCAGUAGAGUAACGAGUCAAAAUUGUAGUAAUUGUAUUAAAACUGACAUCAGAAAAUGAAUUUCUCAAAAUCGUAUUAAAAAAUCCCAAAAAUGUUUGCAUGAGAACUAAAAGAAAUGUCAACUUUUAAGAUGCUUUUAGUUGUUAUGACCACAUUAACUAGAGGGUAACAUAAGAACAAGGAAAUGUACAGAGUGAUAACAAAGGUCACCCAGUAAUAUGCAUUUUAGUUUAUACCUUGCAGGCAUGCAUAUGUUGCCAGCUAUUAUCUACACCAGUUAAUAAAGUGCACAUGUGAAGUUGAUUGUGGAAAUUCAAUUUGUUUUCAGUAUUAUUGAAACAAAAUUUGCUGUGAUAAAAAUACUGAUCAAACCUGGCCUUGGAAUGAGUGUCUUAUACUCAGAUAAUUUUGAUGGAAACAAUGAUGGUCUAAAGCAGAAGAAUUAUUUCUUAGGAUAAGUGUUGAUUGUAUACAAAAGCAAAUAAUUGAAAUGUAACCUUUUUUCUUGAUAGUUCAAAUUUAAACUAAAUACCUUGAUUUUUGCGCCCUGUACAUUGAAUUAGGGAAUAUUGUAUGAAUUGAAAUUACACUUAUCAUUUUCCUUUUUAUAGAGGACAGGGCUAGUGAAAGCUUUGUGCUCACCAUUCAGUACUACAUGUACCUGUAUUAUGCCUCAUUUUAUAACGUAUCAUUGACAGAAUGUAGUGUUUGUCUAAUUGUCAUUUGUUUAAUCCCCGAUGUAAAGAUUCUGUGAUAUGAGGUACUUUUACUAGUUUUUUUACUUGAUGUACUGGUUAUGAUGUAUCACUUUCAAAAGUAACUACUUAAAUCAUUUGAAAUCAAUUGUUGCAUUGUUUUGGUGGUUGGCAAAAAUCGAGUUCGAGAAAAUUAUAUUUUAAUCAUUUCCUAUCAAGCAAAUCUAUUCAUUUCUCAGAUGUGUGUUACGGUCAGACACUAUGUGAUAUACCCAGUUGUUGUAUGCCCAGGCAGGUUGUUUGGCUAAGACUGCAUUUUUAAGAACUUUUUAGUCAAUAUUUCAUGAAUUGAUUGAAAGCUACAUGUCAGGCAAUAUUGUGAAUGAUAAACCUUCACAAUUACCUAUUAUUAUUCUUAUAGCUAUUUGAUGCAUAUGUUUCAUCAAAUCUUGAGCAAAUAGAAAUAUUUUUUUCUAGUUAAGUUAUUGGACAUCAGUCUCAUCUAGUGAAAAAGGUUUUCUGGUUGUCACAAUAUGUAUUGAUUAUUCUAUUACUACAAUCUCAAAAUAGCAAAGAGCAAGCUACGUCCUCCUUCCUGUCUUGUAGGCAAUUAAAUACACUCCACUAGUGUAAUUAGAUUCUGUAUCUGUUUGUAGAGGGCACCCUACAGAGAGUAGUGACAGUUAAUGUCUUGGAUGCCAUUUUCUUUCUGCUAAAUUAAGCAAUAUAUCUAUUCCAGUGCAAAUUCCAUUUUUGCUUCCAGAAAUGUUGUCAUUCAUGUUACAACUUUUUGAUAUGAAAUUCUAUAAAUUGGCAGAUAUGUUACCUGUGGCAUGUUUAUAAAGCUGUUUAUAAACCCGCACAUGCACUAGCAUGUACCAAGAUAAGAGCCAAAAAGGAUCUUAUGACAUAAUAACAAAUCCACUAUAUUUAUAAUAAUCAUAUAUUCACAUCCAGCUAAUGUGAUAGAGGUACACAUGUGGCUUUCUUUUAUUCAUUUAUUGAGUCUAUUGUGAGCUUUAAUUAAAUUCUUUCCAGUGUGAAAGCUAUGUACCACCUUUGUCCUGACAGCCUUCAUAGAGAAUGAAAAAAAAUUGUCCUUAAUUUUUCUAAAAUUGUUGCAUUGAUCAUGAUUUCUUCCACUAUUAUUUACUGUAUAUGCCAUCAAAGCCAAUAAUUUACCCUAUAUUGCUGUGGAUCUGAAACUGAAAUGUAUUUUUCCUAAUGAACUUUUGAGUGCUUUACCUGUUGUAAUGUUUGAAUGAAAAGACAGUUAAGUGGCAAUUUUUCAUUGUAUUGGCACCUUCAUUUUGAUUGGCUACCAAGCAAGGUUACCAUGAUAAAUGUAAUUGAUAGUAAAGUAAUUAUUAGUUGUUGUGACUGAAUUUGAGACUGAAGUCAACCCUUAUAUAUUUGGCGCAAAUAUUUACCACUGAAUGAUACGCCUUAUAAGCUAAAACAACAACAAAAACAAUAUAUAAGAGUACUAUAGUGAAAGAAUGAAAUCAGACAAACCAUUAUUUUUACGAAUGUGUAAUUUUCCAUUAAAAUGUGAAAAUUUUAUAUUGCUUGAAUAGUGAGUGUUACCUUGGGAUUUCUCCAACUGUUGAUUAAUUACACAUUAACUUUUCUUAAAUCUGCCAAAAUACUGAUAUAUCAUAUUUUGUCAAUUGUUUUAAGGAGGACUUGAAUCAAUGCUUUUACUAUUUGGGAAUGAUUAAGCCUCCCAAUUAGAAUACCACAAACGAAUGAUUAAAGUAAUUUCUUUGAAAACAUGAGAUUUUACCCUGCUUAUCACAAUCUACCAACCAAAAUGCCACUAGAGAUUUUGUGAUCUCAUAUAUAUUAAAUAAAAAAAAUUAGUGUGACUUUCUACUUUUCAUCCAAUUCUUUAGAUUGGCUGAAAUAGGAAUUUUCCUAGUUGGCCAUUAAGAAAUUGAUAUAAAUAUCAAUUUUCAUAAAGGGUGUAAAUCAGUAUGGAUUUUUUUAAUGAAAACAAUGUUUUCGGAUGUAUUUUAGAGGCUUUUCAAGUAUGAUUGAUGUACAAUUUACAAUUAUAGUCUGUUUUAUAGAUUUUGUUGUACGUCCCUUUUAUAUUCAUCUUAUUUUGGCUUGGAUUCUUGCAAUAAGGCAGUUCACAGUAAUUCACCUGUAUUAACAUUUGCUGUUCUUUUUAGUAUUAUGUUAUUUUUUUGUCAUCAAACUCAUUGUUUUGGCUGUUGUGAGUAACUUUAUUAUUAUGAUACUAAUCCACUCUCUGAGAUUAAAGUACUAUGUAGAAUGAAGGAAGAAAUAGCAGUAUUUUGUAAUCAUGAAGUGUAGUCACUUUUGUAAUUUUCAACAAUAACACUAGUGUUUCAUUAUUCUGAAAUGCAUGUGACAAAAGUAAUUCUGUUUUGAUGAUAUGAAGUAUGUU